AUGCGUGGAAUUACAGGAAAUUACGUUGUUUGCUUCGUGGAGGUACUUGUGUAUUUGCGGUGUUGUUUAGUGACUUUAUUAGACAGAUGAGAAUUGGGAAGUCAACUAUUUCUUAAUAUUUUAGUGUAUUUACCAUAACAUACAUAAGGACAUUAAGUCAAACCAGAUAUAUUAAUUUUGAGGUGAUGUAAGGUGAUAGAUUCCAAAUGAUCGCUAGACGUAGGAGAGUUAACUCUGGAUCUGAAAAUCAGCAGGAACAAAAUCACACAAACCAGCGCAGUGGGACCACUUUUGUAAGCGGGAGCCAGUCAUCGGCCCCAGCAGCACAUCUAGACGCAGAAAUGUCAUGUCGAGACCGAUCCUCGGAGUUUAUGUCCGCAGUCAAACUCCUGCAAUCACGACAGGGAAAUGGAGUCAAUCAUCAGAAACAAAACCACGCUCUCAGGCAGAGAAGUGAAUUCACACAAAAGGCCAAAGGUGUGGGAAGAGACUUGUCCAAUACAUUUUCAAAACUUGAAAAACUCACAAUUUUGGCAAAGAGAAAGUCAUUAUUUGACGACAAGCCUAUUGAGAUACAGGAGUUGACGUACAUCAUUAAACAGGACAUCACCAGUUUAAACAAACAGAUUGCCAUGCUCAUGGGUCUGGUCAAAUCACAGAGCUCACAGAACGGCCGCCAUUUACAAAGUCAUUCCAACACUGUGGUAGUGUCACUACAGUCCAAACUGGCUUCAAUGUCUACUGACUUCAAACAGGUACUAGAUGUACGAACAGAGAACCUGAAACAUCAGAGGUCAAGACGAGAACAGUUCUCACAAUCUGUUGGAGCCACACCAGUGGCAUCAUCAGGGUUUGGUGACCGAAGUCAGUCAGUCCUGCUUCAAGACGAGGCUAACCACAUGAAUGGGUUAGCCCAGGGUGGAGAUUUCGUUCUCAACAUGGACGGACAGACAGUGGAAAAGUCUAAAUAUCACCAGCAAAUGCAGAUCAUUGAAGAGCAGGAUAAUUAUAUACAAAGUCGAGCGGAAACGAUGCAAAAUAUUGAGUCGACAAUUGUGGAAUUGGGAUCUAUAUUUCAACAAUUCGCACACAUGGUAAAAGAGCAAGAAGAAACAGUACGAAGAAUUGAUUCAAAUGUGGAGGAAACGCAAAUGAACGUGGAGGGAGCACACAGUGAAAUUCUGAAAUAUUUCCAGUCAGUGACUUCUAAUCGGUGGUUGAUGAUAAAAAUCUUCGGUGUGGUCGUCGUAUUCUUUAUAUUCUUUGUGGUGUUUAUGGCGUAAUCGGGACUACAGAGAAAACAGAAAUGUCAGAUCAAUAGAAACAGUUCAGAAACUACUUCAGGGCUGUGGUCUUUCAAAUGUAAUGGUAAAGAUUGCAGUACCACACAACAGUAUUUGACCUGUAAGAAUUGAUUUUAUCAUGAUCAGUUCAAAACACAUACAUUGUACACUCUUCAUAGGUGAUCUAACAUUGUUGUACAUAGCUACUAAUUGAUCAAAUAUGAAAGUACCAAAAAGAAGAAGGGAAGUUGUAAAUUAUUUUUUUUAUCACAAAUUUCAUUGAAUGCUUUAAAGUUCCCGUGUCAGAAAUAGAAUAUAAUUCAAAAAACAGAUCUGCUUUGAAGGGAGAUUAAUCUUGGAUGUUUCAAACAGAAGACGCUAUCAAGACAGGAAGCAAGAUGGAGAUGAGAUUUUUAAAGCAUGAUUGGUAUGCCAAUAUGUUGCUAUAGAUUUAUUUAUUGAAAGUGACGUGGCUCGCAUACAAAGAGGUGUGCAAGGAACAUACAACUAGACGAAUGCAGAGUUUGCAGUACACAUAGCGGAACUUAGUGACAAAUUGUGUACAAACAUAUUGUGCCAACACAAGACAUGCUGGUCACUGUCCAGUGAGAGUGACACUCUGUCCAGUGGUGUGAUGACCAUUGGUCUUGUACAGGUACUUGCUGACCCCUGUGAUCAAUGUCCAGUGGUGUGAUGACCAUUGGUCUUGUACAGUUGUUGACCACUGUGAUCAAUAUCAAGGAUGCCUUUAGUUCUGUAUGAUGUACAUGGUAUCCAACUAUUGUUUUCAAAUUGACAGAUUGUUCCCGGAACAACAAAGAAUGUAAUCUUUGAAAUUUGGAAAUACAAUGUCAAAAAGAUGUGCAAUCAAUAA